AUGUCUCCCAAGGAGGGUAACGCGUUCGCCCAAAUCAAGGCCAAAGAGCAAUACCGGAAGUCCGAGGACUCGAACAGAGCUUCCAAACCAGCCAAUACCGGGAAGACUUCAGGACUCGAUCACGACGCCGAACUCGCCGUCUCCAUGCCCAGGCCGCGCCACGACCGUCCUGAAGGAAUUCCAUCCCCAACCUCGAAGACGAGUAUUUUCACCAAACCUAACGUCACAAAGAAAAGAUCGACCACCGAGCCAACUUUGCCGACCGAGUUGACCUUCAAGAACGAAGCCGCCGAAAAGAAGAAAUCGAAGGUGGCAACACUGCGGUCCAAGUUCAGUCUCAAGGACCUGGGUAAAGAAUUCCGAAGAGAAAAGGACAUACCUCCCUUGAGCAGCAUGCCGAAGCUUGGUGGCAGAUCGAGCAAUGAUGCAAAGCGUCCUUCUUCCGAUGGCGAUACUCAUAGCCUGACGGAACAAAACUUCAACGAAGCAAAGUUGUAUGUUCCCAAAACUAGGAAGGGUGAUGUGCAUCCAUACUCCGCUCCUCCACACACAUCAAGCUUCAGCGAGUCUGCAACGAUGGACAAGCAGUCCCAGGAUAGCAUGUUGUCCUGUACUUCCGUGCACACUCCAACAAAGAGCACUAAUGUUGCAAAGUCGGAACAGGAGUUCCAGCAUAGCCUUGUUCAUAGCACUGACUCUGGUCAACAUGCUAACCCGCAUCUCGAGACAUUGCUUGUUCAUAGCACUGACUCUGGUCAACAUGCUAACCCGCAUCUCGAGACAUUGCUGCUUGGCGGCUCGUCCCCUGCGGCUCGCACAGGCGAAUGCAAGAACACUGGUCAGCCAGAAGUUGUCCAAGUGAACAACCGCAUCGCCAGCCUGCAAGCUGAAAAUAUCGAGUCCACAGUACCGUCUUCGCCCAAGACUCCACCCCCUCCACCUCCCCUUGCUCCAGACGCCAAUCCCGCCACACACUCACCGUCCAUAUACGACACGCCUAAGACGGUCACGUCAAAGAUGGCAGCACCCUCUUUGCCCGAAAAGAAGGAGAGACCGAAGAUAAGCCAUCCUCUGAUCGUGUCCUCUUCCAGUUACAAAGGGAAAGCUCGUGAAGAGCAGGUUUAUGACCAGCUUUUCAUGGCCCCACGCGCGGCGCCUCCUCUUCCGCCGGCUUUGCCUCACAAGGCCAGAGCUCGAGAGGAGCAGAGAAUCAAUCACAACCAGAUCCCCAAGGAUGAGAACCAGUUCUAUGGAGUGACCAGCCAUGGUGGGUACGCCCCUCCCCCUCCACAUCCUGGCUACCAGAACACCGUGACCCUGGAGCAACAGCUGGCUGCACACGUUGAUUCGCUGCAUUACCACGUCAAUACAGCGGUCCAGAAGCUUAGCAAGUCCUUCGAGAACAGCAGUAACUGGACCGCAGAUCAGAUCCUGAGACAGGUCGAGACCAUGUCCGAUCUUGCUCGUGUCAUCAACGUCCGCACCGUGACUCAAGCAGAAAUUGUGAAAGAUCUGCCCCGUCUUAUGGUAGACGUGGUCCACCAGGAAACUCGUCAACUAGAAGAUAGAAUGAAGGUGUUUGUUCAGCAGGAGAUGACCAAGCUGAAGGGCGAACUAGGCGAGCUGAUAGUGUCCAACGUUAGGGCAGCUACCGGUCAGCCGCAAGACUCCAAACGCUCUGGGGCGGAUACUUCCAACCACGGAUCUCAGGGAUGGACGGCCAAGCCACCCAGGGACGGUAAUAGACAAGGCCAGCAGUACCAGAACAAAAGAAAGUCGCGCCAAAUGCCAACCAAAAGGGAGGAACCGACCUCCAACAAAGCUGAUCAAAAGAAGCCUGCAGGAGACUCCAAGCAGGAAGACACCCCUGCCCCCGGACCACAGGCUGAAGCCCUAUCCGUCGAACAAACCCCAGCUGACAAUGGUCCGGCACCUAUUGCUGCCUCUGAUACUCCAAACCCUUCGAACAACGAUUCAACUCCUGUCCAGGCCAAGCGUACAGUCGCCAAAGAUCCAGCCGAAGAAUUGUCUGGAAGCCCUGAGUCAAAGACCGCCAAGUUGAGCAUCUCAGGCCCCAUACCUAUUGUUGAGGGAGACCAGAUCGCGGAGAGACACCGCGCAACGAGCCUACAGCGUGAGUCUGACACUAGAUCUCAAGGUGCUUUCAGUAGCGAAGACCCGAAAACUCCCAAGAAGAAAGGCAUUUUCAAUAGUUUCCGUCGACUCAAUAAUGGUGACAAUUCCGGCUCCAGAUUUCUUCGAACCCAUCGGCGCCCGAAAGAAGGCUACUCAGCUACCGAGCAGAGUCACUGCCCUCGUCUCGCAGUUUCGUUCGCAAACUCGGGGUCAUCCCCUGCGUCGUCCGCAAACGCAGUCGCAGGGUCACAAAUCCACAGAGAAAACAGCCCAAGUCUAGUGCAUCCCGCCCUCCGCAACCCGCACCAGAAGCAGAUAAUGCUUGAUCGUGAACGUCACUUGGCCCAGAUAGAGCGUCAAAUCCAGAGCCACGCCCAUCCUCUCCGCUCCUCUCACUCUCACCACAAUUUCGAUACCAAGGCAGCCAGAUCCAAUUCCCCACUUCUACCCCUCCCGCCAUCGUUCGUUACUUACAAUCCCAGCGCUACUAGAUAUGCUGCGGGAUUUUCGAUGGCUACCACCGCAUCCUCGUCUUCCUUCCCCGAUAUGAGAGCUUAUCAGGGCAACAUGCACUACCCUCAUUCAGCCUCGACACCCCAGCUCACUUCGCUUCCCCUCCCCCCGAACGAUCAGGGGCCCCUUCAGCCUCACCCACCACACUAUUUCGGGUCGCCUUCUCUGCCAGCCUCGGUUCAUGGCCACGGACCCAACCAUCUCCCCUAUCAGUCCAACGGUGUCGACUGGAACGGUAAUGCCGAUGCCAGUGGCCCAAUUCUGGAUGAGUCGGGAUAUCCAAUCAACAACUUUUUCUAA